AUGCCAAUUGAAAAAUCUUUUCAUCACAGAGCUACUCUAAAACAAACAAACAAAUCAUUCAAGUCUAAACAUGCCACUAAAAGCGAAUUAAAAGAUAAAUCGAAAGGUAAAGUCAAUAGAGUUAAUGUGAAAAAAGCCACCUCUCGCUUAAGAAUUUCAACAAAAGUUGAUCGUCGAAAUGCUGCAAAAUUGGAACAACAAAAGAGACGUGAAGAAAUAAUUAAAACUAAUAGAUUUUUUGAAGGAAAGCAUGGUGCACCCAAAAUUGUCGCUGUUAUCCCAUUAUGUCCUGAUGUUGAUGUCUUUUCUGCCGUAGAAAGUAUUUAUAAGGGUAUGGAGAAACCAACACCAUCAACAAAAAAAGGAAUUGCUUUAUUAAAUGCUGAUCGAUUUAAACAAAAGAUACAAUUUAUCAUGUUGGAUCGUAAUUUUAUUGAUAUUUUAGAUGCUUGUAAAGUCGCUGAUUUUACCAUGUUUGUACUUUCGGCAGAAGCACAAGUUGAUAAAUUUGGUGAAUUGUGCCUUAAAGCAAUUCAAUCCCAAUGUGUUCCAUCCACAAUUACAAUUGUUCAGAAUUUAGAGAAAAUUUCAGUAAAAAAACGUAAUGAAGUGAAAAAAUCUCUUUUAAAUUUUAUUAAACAUUACUUUCCUGAAGAAGAAAAAAUUCAUGAAGCUGUCAAUGUACUUCGUACUAUCUGCACUCAACAUCCUAAACAAGUUUCUUGGAGAAAAAAUCACCCAUAUAUGUUAGCAGAAGAAGUUGUAUACGAGCAAAAUGGUAACGAUAAUAAGGAUCUUGGAACAUUAAAAGUCACCGGUUAUGUUCGUGGGGUUCCUUUUUCUGCGAAUAAAUUGGUUCAUCUACAAAACUUUGGCGAUUUUCAAUUACAUCAAAUUACUUCCAGUCCAAUACAAACUAAUGAUAGUAGAGAUAUGAAGAUAUUAAAAUCUUAG